GGCUUGACUGCUAAAUAUUAAAACCCUAGCAUAUAUUCAUCCAUAUAAAAGCUAUAACGAUUCACUUGUGUUCCUUUCUGUUGUACAACAUCAAAGAAGGGGGCUAGGGUUUAGAGCUGAGCUUCUUCAUUUAGCGAAAUGGGUAAGGCAGGUAAGGGAACAGGUAGUUUUGGAAAGAGGAGGAACAAGACACACACACUCUGUGUGCGAUGUGGACGACGUAGUUUUCAUCUCCAGAAGAGCCGCUGCUCUGCUUGCGCCUAUCCUGCUGCUCGCAUCCGCAAGUAUAACUGGAGUGUGAAGGCUAUCCGAAGGAAGACAACUGGAACAGGUCGUAUGAGGUACCUCCGCCAUGUGCCGCGCAGAUUUAAAUCCAACUUCAGAGAAGGUACCCAAGCAACUCCAAGGACCAAGGGAGCUGCUCCAGCAUCAUAAGGUUGAAUGUGGAAGAGAUUUGUAGCUGUUAAAACUAAAGCAGGCUUUCAGUUUGCUGGUCGUCUUAGUUCUGAGACCAAAUUUUGUUAUUGUAAUUUGAUGAUUGAAAUUUCACUUUUGCUUGGUCACUUGAAAACCAACUUGCUUUGCUUUUUUAAGUUUUUGUCCUUCGAAUCAAUCAAUCUAAGCUCUUCUCAUUAUAA